AUGACACAGUACCUUGCACCACUUCCUGUACAUCUGACAAAGUACCUUGCACUACUUCCUUUACAUCUGACACAGUACAUUGCACUGUUUCCUGUACAUCUGACACAGUACCUUAGCCUGCUUCCUGUACAUCUGACACAGUACCUUGCACCGUUUCCUGUACAUCUGACACAGUACCUUGCACCACUUCCUGUAAAUCUGACACAGUACCUUGCACCACUUCCUGUACAUAUAACACAGUACCUUGUACCACUUCUUGUACAUCUGACACAGUACCUUGUACUGUUUCCUGUACAUCUGGCACAGCACAUUGCACUCUUUCCUGUACAUCUGACACAGUACCUUGCACCACUUCCUGUACAUCUGACACAGUACCUUGCACUGCUUCCUGUACAUCUGACACAGUACAUUGCACUACUUCCUGUACAUCUGACACAGUAUCUUGCCCUGUUUCCUGUACAUAUGACACAGUACCUUGUACCACUUCCUGUACAUCUGACACAGUACCUGGCACUGUUUACUGUACAUCUGACACAGUACCUUGCACUGCUUCCUGUACAUCUGACACAGUACCUUGCACUGUUACCUGUACAUCUGACACAGUACCUUGCACCACUUCCUGUACAUCUGACACAGUACCUUACACGGCUUCCUGUACAUCUGACACAGUACCUUGCACUACUUCCAGUACAUCUGACACAGUACCUUGCACUGUUUCCUGUACAUAUGACACAGUACCUUGCACUGUUUCCUGUACAUAUGACACAGUACCUUGCACCACUUCCUGUACAUCUGACACAGUACCUUGCACUACUUCCUCUACAUCUGACACAGUACCUUGCACCGUUUCCUGUACAUCUGACACAGUACCUUGCACUACGUCCUGUACAUCUGACACAGAACCUUUCACCAUUUCCUGUACAUCUGACACAGUACCUUGUACCACUUCAUGUACAUCUGACACAGUACAUUGCACUGUUUCCUGUACAUCUGACACAGUACCUUGCACUGCUUCCUGUACAUCUGACACAGUACCUUGUACCACUUUCUGUACAUCUGACACAGUACAUUGCACUGUUUCCUGUACAUCUGACACAGUACCUUACACUGCUUCCUGUACAUCUGACACAGUACCUUGCACCGUUUCCUGUACAUCUGACACAGUACCUUGUACCACUUCCUGUACAUCUGACACAGUACCUUGCACUGUUUCCUGUACAUCUGACACAGUACCUUGCACUGUUUCCUGUACAUCUGACACAGUACCUUGCACCACUUCCUGUACAUCUGACACAGUACCUUGCACCACUUCCUGUACAUAUGACACAGUACCUUGUACCACUUCCUGUACAUCUGACACAGUACCUUGUACUGUUUCCUGUACAUCUGGCACAACACAUUGCACUGUUUCCUGUACAUCUGACACAGUACCUUGCACCACUUCCUGUACAUCUGACACAGUACCUUGCACUGCUUCCUGUACAUCUGACACAGUACCUUGCACUACUUCCUGUACAUCUGACACAGUACCUUGCCCUGUUUCCUGUACAUAUGACACAGUACCUUGUACCACUUCCUGUACAUCUGACACAGUACCUGGCACUGUUUCCUGUACAUCUGACACAGUACCUUGCACUGCUUCCUGUACAUCUGACACAGUACCUUGCACUGUUACCUGUACAUCUGACACAGUACCUUGCACCACUUCCUGUACAUCUGACACAGUACCUUACACGGCUUCCUGUACAUCUGACACAGUACCUUGCACUACUUCCAGUACAUCUGACACAGUACCUUGCACUGUUUCCUGUACAUAUGACACAGUACCUUGCACUGUUUCCUGUACAUAUGACACAGUACCUUGCACCACUUCCUGUACAUCUGACACAGUACCUUGUACUACUUCCUCUACAUCUGACACAGUACCUUGCACCUUUUCCUGUACAUCUGACAUAG